UCCACGCGACACCUGCGGUCUGGGAGCACGCUCCGAGCUGAGAGACGCCUGUACGAAAAGUUGGGAAAAACCUUUCUCCAGUUUCGUCGCGGUCUUUCUGUCUAAAAUGGAAGAGUUGGCGAGGGAGUCCAUCAGCCUGCUCGGCAGAAGCUCUCUGCACUCGGGUGGCCCCAGACUCGGCUCCUGCGGUGCCAUCUUCAUCAUGCUCAAAUCAGCGCUUGGAGCGGGACUUCUGAACUUCCCCUGGGCUUUUGUAAAAGCUGGCGGAAUUCACUCGGCUGUCAUGGUGGAAUUGGUCAGCCUGGUAUUCCUGGUCAGUGGGCUGGUGAUCCUGGGGUACUCCAGCUCCAUCAGUGGCCAGACCACGUACCAGGCGGUGGUGCGGGGUGUGUGUGGGGAGUCCAUUGGGAAGCUGUGCGAGGUCUGCUACAUCUUCAACCUCUUCAUGAUCUCCAUCGCCUUCCUUGUCGUCGUGGCCGAUCAGCUGCAAAAACUGUGUGUGUCUAUCUACGAGCUGAUCAUUGGUGUGCCGGAGGCUGAGAUGCCGUAUCACUGGUACACGGAUCCCCGCUUCACCCUCUCCAUCCUCUGCCUCGUCCUCAUCUUCCCCCUCUCCAUCCCUAAGGAGAUCAGCAUCCAGAAGUACACCAGUGUUUUGGGGACUUUUGCUGCUACCUAUUUAACAGCUGCAAUGAUCAUCAAGUACCACACAAUGCCUGUACGAGAGGCACCUGUAACCCCUCUGUACAGCACUGGAUUGAGUUCCUGGGCUUCAGUGUUCAGCGUCAUCCCAACUAUCUGCUUUGGCUUUCAGUGCCACGAGUCCUGCAUCGCCAUCUACAGCAGCAUGGAGAAUAAGAAGCUCUCCCACUGGGUCUUCAUCUCCGUCGUCUCCAUGAUCUUCUGCCUCGUCAUCUACUCCCUCACGGGUGUGUAUGGGUACCUGACGUUUGGGCCGGGCGUGGCCCCUGACGUGCUGAUGUCCUAUACGGGUGGUGAUGUCCUGAUGAUCGUGGCCCGCCUGCUCUUCGGCGUCUCCAUCAUCACCAUCUACCCCAUAGUGGUCCUGCUGGGAAGGUCUGUGAUCCAGGACCCGCUGCUGAAGUCCAAGAGCAAGGGUUCUGUGGUGACCGAGUCGUACGAGACCCGUAUGCGUCUGCUGCUGACCUUGGGCUGGAUAGGGGUGACUCUGCUGCCCGCAGUGUUUGUCCCCGACAUCAGCAAGGUCAUCAGUCUCAUCGGAGGCAUCAGCGCAUUCUUCAUAUUCAUAUUCCCAGGGCUGUGCCUCAUAUUUGCUGUCAACUCUGAGCCCAUUUCUAAUCGAUUGAGGAUUCUCUUGACUGCAUGGGGUGUCAUCACUCUUCUCUGUGGUGCCUUCAUCUUCGGUCAGAGCACGUCCAUUGCCAUCAUGCAAGCCCUGAACAAACUUUGAUGCGUUUUCCUCUCUGUAUUCUAUAUCGUCCUCUUUCCCUGCCUCCCUCUUUCUCUCUUCUGCUCUUUCUGUCUGGCUGCCUCUCUUUCUGUCUGUUCAGAUUCCCUCCACCGCUGUCCACCUCUUUUCCCCUGUUUUUCCCCAUACUCUCUGUCUCUCUGUCUCUCUCUCUGUCUCU